ACAUCUCUAGUCUGGCACUCUCCUGUCGCUUCUUCCUCAGCAACAUACACAGACUUUGCCCCUUCCUCACUGACUACGCCACGCAGCUCCUAAUUCAGACCCUGGUACUGUCCCACCUUGACUACUGCAACUCCCUCCUGGCCAGCCUCCCUGCCUCUGCUACCCGUCCACUCCAACUCAUCCAAAACUCUGCUGCUAGCUUUGUCUUCUCCCUUCCCCGUUUCUCCCACGGUACACCGCUGUCUGCACUGGCUCCCUAUCACUGCUCACGUCCAAUUCAAAACUCUUGUACUCAUCUAUCACUGUCUUGACCAUUCUGCUCCCUCCUAUCUCCAGACUAUCAUUUCUCCCUACACCCCCUCUCACCCUCUCUGCUCCUCCAUCUCUGGCAGACUAGCUGCACCCUUACUUUAUUUUAUUGUACUUUCAUAUCUGCUCUUAUCUGUAUUACAGACUAUAGACACGUUGUUCACUGAUAGGAUAUAUUAGACCCUCAAACCACGAUUUCACAGUGAAUGAAACAGCAUGCACAAGAGCAACAGUUGCAGUGACCUCCACGUUUUGAAUAACGUGGCAUGUGUAUAGGGUCUGUAAUGUACACCACUCGUUUUUAAAAACUAAAUGAAAUUGUUUCGGAUAUUUUCUCGCACUUAAUAAUCACAGCCAUUCCACCUUAAACAAAUAGUCAGCCGGCCCAAUUGUAAUCACAAAGACGGAAGUCCCAUCACUACAGCAUUGUGGGUGCUAAAACGGAAUCAUUUCUAGAAUAUAACUUUGCCUUUCUAAAUGUGGUACACGUACAAAAUUAAAAUAAUAACCAAAAAAGUUUAAUGUUGAACCGAAAGCCGUCUGUCUAUUCUUAUUAAAAAUAGUGUCGCCGGCUUUUAAGAAAUCUUAUCACAGCAAUGCACCACGGGUAAUAUGCAAAUCCCAGAACUGCGCUCCUUUGCAACAACGAAAAACGUUUCGAAGUCGUUCAUGUUUAGCAUGGGAUAAGUAAAUUGGGAUAUUUAAAACAGACUUACCAAGUGCUAUGAAAAUAACAUUAGCUGCGGGCAAUGGCAAGUGGAGAUCUGAAUGCGGAAAGGGAGAAGAUCCAGUGGGAGAUCGAGGAGCUGGAGAGAAAUCUGGGUCAGGCUGCUGCUGCUUCUGUUGACGUUUCCUUUUCUGAAUCAGAAAAUGAUGAUUCAGAUUUGGAGCAAGAUGAAAGUACAAAUUGUGGUGGACAGCCUCCGACUGGUAUGUCCGCUGCGGAGCUGUCUGCAGAGAGGGAGAAGAUCCAGAGAGAAAUCGAGGAGCUGGAGCGCAGUCUGGGUCCUGCAGCUGCCUGUAUGGAUGUGUCCCCUCUUGGAUCACAGGAAGAGGAUUCGGAGGAAGAUGAAGAGGCUGAUGGCCGUCUUGUGGUGGACACGGGGGGUGCAGACGGAGAGGAAGAAGACCUUGGGCUUCCUGAAGACACUGAGACCUGUCUGCAGAUCAACCUGGUGUACCAGGAGGUGAUCGAGGAGAAGCUGCAGGAGCUCGAGAUGCUGCUGGCUGAGAACAGAGAGCAACAGAAUGAAAUCCUCUCCCAGGUGUCUGCUUCACAGGCUGACAGGACGGAUGGAACCAAGCUACCACCAUCCAACCUGUUUUUAGGGCACUUCUUGAAACCAUAUUUUAAGGAUAAGACAACUGGCCUUGGUCCACCUCCUAAUCCAGAUACAAAGGAGAAGAUGGCUCAAGGAAUUAAGUCCUUUGAAGAUCUUGGGGUGAGAAAAUGGAAAGCCUGGGAAAAGGCCUUGCUCCGUUCAUCGGUGGUAAGCGACAGCUUGAGACGUUUGCUCCAGCCAAAAUUAUCAAGAGUUGAAUACUUGACCCAGAAAAUGGAAAAGGCCAGUGGAAUGGAGAAACAGAUCCUUGAAAAGCAGAUCGAUGAAGCAGAGAAGGAAAUUGAAGACAUCAGCCGGAUGCCUGAUGAAGAGUUGAUUGGGGGCCGCGAACAAGAGCAUGACUGGGAAAAGAUUGCAAAUAUUGAUUUUGAAGGCUUGUGCAAACCAGAGGAGCUGAGGAAGUACUGGCAGAACCACCUGCACAUGGACAUCAACAAGAAGAAGUGGAGUGAUGAGGAGCUUGAGCGGCUGAAGGAGAUCGCAGCCAAUCACAACCACACCAACUGGGAUAAGAUUGCGGAGGAGCUGGGGACAAACCGGAGACCCUUCAUGUGCCUGCAGAUGUACCAGUUGUUCAUUAACACAGAGCUGAGAAAGAGGUGCUUUACCAAGGAAGAGGAUAAGGUGCUGAUGGAGCUGGUGGAAAAAAUGAGAAUCGGCUCUCACAUCCCGUACACCAAAAUUUCCUAUUUCAUGGAGGGAAGAGAAGCGGCGCAGCUCAUCCAUCGCUAUACGCAUAGUUGCGAUCCGGCUCUGAAGAGGGGGUCGUGGUCAAGUGAGGAAGAUGCGUUGUUAAUAAAAGCAGUUGCUAAGUUUGGCCCUCGGGAGUGGUGGAAAAUUCGAAAUGAGGUCCCAGGAAGAACCGAUGCACAGUGCAGAGACAGGUAUAUGAACUGCCUGAGUGAAGAUGUUAAGAAAGGGAAAUGGAGCUCAGAAGAGGAGACUUUGUUCAUUGACCUGGUUAAUAAGCAUGGAGUUGGCCGCUGGGCAAAAAUAGCCUCAGAGAUUGGAAACAGGACAGACUCACAGUGUCUACAUAAAUGGAACACCCUGACAAAACCAAAAAGGAGAAGAUGGAAAGUAAAGGAAGUCAGAGCGUCGAGAUUGGGGACAAUGAAAAGUAAGACCAGUAAGAUGAAGAGGAAAGCGUCUCUGGUGGGGAAGGGCAAGCUAUCGAGCUCUGACUCCGAGGAGAUGGAGCUGUCAGACAGCGUUGAGGAGUUGUCGGGCAGUGAGGGCGAUGAUGAGACAGAGGAGGAAGAGGAGGAGGAGAAGGAGGAGUACUGCAUGCCCAGUAUUGACCUGUGGAUCCCUGUUGGCCCUAAGAUUCCUGAGGGCACCAGGUCUAAACGGCCUGCUAGAAAGACAGCAGCGCCCCCCAGCCCCGAAGCUCAACCCCAGAGCGGAACAGCGCACGGCAGGAGGAACAGAGCUCCAUCCCGUAGCACCGCUGUCUCUUCUGAAGGCAGUGCCGUGCUCAAGGGCCCGGGAUACCUGGCUAACCGCAACCUGAACACCAGCAGCGCUGCUGAACUGGCUGCCAUGAUUUCCCAAACAGGAAACAAAAUAUUGAAGUUUUCCUUUACAGAAGUGAGGAAGCUACUGAGACCUAAAUGUACACUCCAGGAGAAGACGGGGACAAAGAAAGGUGUGGUGAAACAGAAAACCACCAGAACUUUUGUCUCCAACCUGCAAAGCAAAAACCUGAACCAAAAGCUCAUGAUGGCAGUAACUCCCUGGAUGGGGAACCUUUUAAUGCCCUUAAACAAUGGCAGGUGUAAGCGCACUGAAGCUGAUGUCAUUAGAGAGAGAGCUGAGAAAAUUGGUCUUGCCACCACGCCAGUGUUUACUCUGCUUAUUACAAUGUUUCAGAUUGACGCAGAAGGCUGUCGGAAGGUCAUCGAGGAGAGAGCGAAAAGGAUAAAGGCAGAAGGCUGCCAGGUCAUUCAGGAGAGAACUAGAAGGGGAACCCCCAGUUAUUAUAACUCAGUCAAGAAUAACAGAAGGCCACUGAUAUCUCCCACGGCCAGUUGUGUGAGAACGGUGGCUCAGAUCUUGUAUGAAAAACGUCUCAAGGAAGCCAGGAUGAGGCAGAGAGACUCUCCUCGUACUAGCAUCCUUCUCAUGCCCAGUAUGGUCGUGCCUCAGACAGUUGUUAUCCAGCAGCCUUUGACACAGGUCACUCCUGAGCAACACAGUCCUUCUCCAGUCAUUCCCACUGGGGUCACAGCUGAAAAGCCCAAUGCCUGUGGAGGAGAGGUGACAGGAAAGACUGCAGGCGAUAAACAUGGAAAAAAACCACCAAGAAAGAGACAGAGAACAAGCAAGACCAAACCUCCAGAGGGUGACUCGAGCACCCCUUCCACAAACCCCAUCCAGAUUCCUGCCUCAAAUACUGUUUCUUCAAACCCCAUCCAGAUUCCUGCCUCAAAUACUGUUUCUUCAAACCCCAUCCAGAUUCCUGCCUCAAAUACUGUUUUUUCAAACCCCAUCCAGAUUCCUGUCUCAAAUACUGUUUCUUCAAACCCCAUCCAGAUUCCUGCCUCAAAUACUGUUUCUUCAAACCCCAUCCAGAUUCCUGCCUCAAAUACUGUUUCUUCAAACCCCAUCCAGAUUCCUGGAGCUACGCCUUCUCCUAUGACCAUCAGCUGGAUGUUGACCCCACAAGGUCUAGUUCCUGUCGCUUCCCAAGCCCCGAUAGCAAUGCAGGCCCAGAAUGCACCCCAGUCCGCAGUUGUGGUGCAUCUGAACCAGCAGGGUACUCUGCAAAGCUCGGCUACUGACACUCCAAAGAGAUAUAUUGCCAGCACCACAACAAGCCCAGCGCUGCCUAAACCUUCCGGAGCCACAGUUAAUCCAGCCAUAGACAUUGCUGCCCAUGGAAGCAUCACCAACGUAGUCACUGCUGCUGGGCAGGUACUAAAUCCUGUCUCUCUGGUUUCCACUCCCUCAAGUUCCCCUUUACCGACCAGUUCUGCAGUGGGCACUGCCACAGUGCAGACUUCUGGCACAAUCCUGUCUAGUCCUGGACAAAUUCAGAUCAAUAGGUCUGCAGUAGCAGGCCUUGUUCAGCCAAACGCUCUUCAAGCGAGACCUCUUUUGUCUAAUCUGCAAGGGUUCAGAUUGGUCAGGGUGGUGUGGCCCGCUGACCAGGGAACUGUCAGCAAUCUUCCAGUAAGAACUGGGUUCCCUGUCAACCAAGUCCAGCAGGUAUCUACAGCCCAGUCAGCACAAAUACCUGUGAGGGUGGUUCAUCAGCCACAUCCGUCAGGUUUGCCACCUUCCCAUACUCCAGCUGCAUCCAACUCAUCUUGCCACCCCCCAGGUCCUCCGAGUACUUCCACCGCCAAGGCUGAUAAAGUCAGUGUGGACCUGAACCUGAUGUUCCAGGAAGAUGAGGAUUUGGUGAAAGAAUGGCUCAGGGGGAAAGGAGGUGUCAGUCUACCUAAGCUGAAUGUGGCGGUUCCCUAUCUGCCUCCUUCGGUCUUCAACUUGACAACGCUAUUGCGACUCCUUGAGCAGAAAAAAUCUUUGGAGGAAAAGGCCUCGAUUCUCAUCUCUGGGGCAGGACGUGAAGAUGGCAGGUCGGAGACCCAGGUGGAUGCUAUUAGAAGUUUAGUAGCAGAAAAGCUGGAGAACAACCCGGCUUACCUUCUGCUUAAAGCAAGGUUCCUGGCGUGUUUCACUCUUCCAGCAUUUCUAGCAACCGUCCCUCCUGUGAGUGUCACAACUACUGCCCCAAAGUUCCAGGACGACCCUGACUUUAAGAAGAAGUUUAGGAAAAGCCAAGACAAACAGGGUGCAGGUCCAGCUAAAAGUCCUAGACCAAAGGGACCCAUGGAAGGCUGUUUAGAAACUGCUCCAUCCAACAUAAAGGAGAAAAGCGCUGGAGAAAGUUCCGCUCUCCUGGGGACUGAAGGAGCGGCGGCCACUGAAUUCAUCGGGAUGAGGACAAGAAGAAGUACCCGCUUAAAAAAAAAGAAUGUAGAAAAAGAAGAUGGUUUACAAGGUUGAUUUCAAAACCUUUUUUUUUUUUUUUUUUUUGGUUCUUUUUUUUUUCAGAAAUAGGAAGUGGAAAGCAAUUGUCUGUCGAGACUUGCCAUGAUUCAUUGAUCGCAGGUUUCAUGAAGCAACAAAAAUGUUCUGCAAGUCUAGUAAUAGAUUCUUCUUUAGCUUUCUGAUUUGAAGAUUGGUAAAGCUUUCUUGAGUUUGGCAGGAUGGGCUGCUCCCUGCACCCAUUAUGGCAAUCAAAUGAGUUAAUACAGUCCUACUCAUAGUCAUGUCAAAAUUGCCUGAACAACUUAAAUGAAAGCAUUAGUGGAAAAGCUGGCCUGCUUGUCUCCAUUUCUUUUAGGUUUUACCUCAGAAGUCAUGGCUCAGUGUUAUGGGUGAUAGAAGAUAGCUUUUAAUACUGGCAGAGUACUAAUCAAAAUCACUCUUUUGACAGACAUGAAGGGAGUCUUGUGAAGAUAAAAAGAGCUGUAAAUAGUGAAGCACCGUUGGAAUUAGUCACUUCGUGCUUUUUGUUUUUUGCGUAAGCUGACGUCUUACUUGUUGUUGUUAAAAAUCUGUUAGCGGAUUUCAGUAUUGCCAUCAGAGGUGUUGAGAAACCUUCCUGAGCAAUGCUCAAUUAAAUCAUAAAUCAGUUCAAGUUUGUGGACUUGUUAAAAACAAUAUUACAUUUGAGAAAAAUAAUACUGGAUAUAUUUGUGCAUGUAAAAUAAGAUUAUAAAAAAUUAUCCAACUGCAUGUACCAAAAGCUUCUGUCAAGGGUAUGCAGAUUACUACUGGUAAUAUAUAUAUAUAUAUGUGUGUGUGUGUGUGUGUG